UGCUUUUCGCUUUCUCAUCUUGACAAAUUCCCCCUCAAAGGCUCCACGAGGAAUCAAGCGAACAACAGCGCCCUUCCAGACUUUCCCGCGUGCUCGUGUCGAGACACUUGACAAGAUGGCAGCUCCUCGAAAAGGGGAGAAUUGGGAGCUUCGUCAACAGCUCAAUUCAGAGUAUCGCGAGAAGCGCGCUGAUGCUAUCAAACGUGUGAUCGCCAAUCAUACUAUCGGGAAAGACUGUAGUGGUUUGUUUCCUGAUGUGGUCAAGAAUAUGCAAACGGAAGAUCUUGAACAGAAGAAGUUGGUAUAUCUAUAUUUGAUGAAUUAUGCCAAGACACAACCUGAAUUGGUCAUUCUGGCAGUUAAUACCUUUGUCAAGGAUACAGCAGAUCCUAAUCCCCUCGUCAGAGCGUUAGCCAUACGGACCAUGUCCGUCCUUCGCGCAGAGAAGAUCCUCGAUUAUCUAGCUUCACCCCUUUCUAGAUGUCUGAAAGACGAAAAUCCCUACGUACGAAAAACUGCCGCUUUGUGUGUUGCGAAGGUUUUUGAUCUCAAACCUGAGCUUUGUGUAGAGUACGGAUUUAUCGAGACUCUCCGAGAUCUCAUCGGGGAUGGAAAUCCAAUGGUGGUCGCUAAUGCCGUCACGGCCCUCGCGGACAUUCAUGAAGCUUCUCAAACUGUUUCACCUUCCGAUCCCGACUCACCAGAAGGAUCCACUCCUCCCCCUACAUCCCGACCUUCUCCACAAUUACUCAUCAUUGAUCAACCUACUUUAGCAAAACUUUUAGUAGCUUUGAACGAAUGUUCCGAGUGGGGAAGAAUAGCAGUAUUGUCAACGUUGGCGAGAUACAAAGCCGUCGACGUACAAGAGGCAGAACAGAUUUGUGAGAGAGUGAUGCCACAAUUUCAACAUGCCAAUGCUGCGGUAGUGCUCGGAGCGGUAAAGGUGAUCAUGAUACACAUCAAACAAAUACAGCGGGAAGAUCUUUUGAAGUCCCUCACACGAAAAAUGGCCCCACCUCUCGUCACUCUGAUAUCUUCAGCUCCUGAGAUACAAUGGGUCGCGUUGCGUAAUAUCAACUUGCUUCUGCAGAAACGUCCGGAUAUAUUGGCAAAUGAGAUGAGAGUGUUCUUCUGCAAAUAUAAUGACCCACCUUAUGUCAAAGUGGAGAAGUUAGAUAUCAUGAUACGGUUGGCGAAUGCCAAUAAUGUCGAGACAUUAUUGGGAGAAUUGAAAGAGUAUGCUUCAGAAGUGGACGUCGAUUUCGUCCGGAAAGCCGUCAGGGCGAUCGGUCAAACAGCCAUCAAGAUUGAAGAAGCGGCAGAAAGAUGUGUUGGCGUCUUGAUGGAGUUGAUAGAGACGAGAGUGAGUUACGUGGUGCAAGAGGCCGUAAUUGUGAUCAAGGACAUCUUCCGGAAAUACCCUCAUAGCUACGAAGGUGUCAUUCCUGUCCUUUGCUCGAAUCUAGAAGAGUUGGACGAACCUGAAGCGAAGGCGUCGCUCAUAUGGAUCAUCGGAGAGUAUGCGGAGAAGAUUGAGAAUGCCGACGAACUGUUAGGAACAUUCUUGGAGUCAUUCAAGGAGGAGAGUUAUCCCGUUCAACUUCAAACCCUCACAGCUAUUGUCAAGCUGUUUCUGAAGAAGCCCGAUACUGCUCAGGGAAUUGUUCAGCGCGUACUCCAAGCGGCUACUAAAGAUUGUGACAGUCCGGAUGUCCGAGAUAGAGCUUAUAUUUACUGGCGCUUGUUGUCCUCUGACCCCGCAGCUGCCAAAGCUGUUGUGCUCUCUGUCCGACCUCCGAUCAGUCUUCCUCAGACCACUGUGGCACCAGCGAUAUUAGAAGAGUUGCUGGGAGAGAUAUCGUCACUAGCAUCAGUAUAUCACAAACCCGCGGCCACUUUCAUCGGAAAAGGUAGACUCGGAGCAGACGAAAUAGGACGUCAAGCAGUCGAACCUGAAGAUGAAACUCGAGAAAAAGCACUUCAGACCGUUGUUGCAGGUCAACAAGCUGAAAACCUUCUCGACUUUGACGCAGACGAUUCAGCUCCGGAUGAACGUCGUCGUUCGCUAGCCGAUGGACUCAUCUCCAAUCAGACCAUUGCGAGCGUAGCGAAAUCUAGUAAUCCGUUGGACGAACUGAUGGAUUUGUUUUCUUCUCCCAAUCUAUCCGCUCCUACCGCCAACCCAGCUCAA